UGACCUUGGGCGGGUCACCCCUCUUGCCCCCCGAGCCUUAGCGUCGUCACCUGUGGAGUGGGGAUGAUCGCAGAACCUGCGUCGCGGGGUUGCUGUGAGGAUCAGACACGGCGAUCCCGGGAAGCGCUUAGCCCACGCCUGACGCGCGGGAACCGCCCAGUGAAAUGUUUGGGGUGCUUUAUUGUUUGUGUUUAUUUAUGCUGAGAUGAGACAGUUGUCUCGUGGUGACUGCCGACUACUAGUUAAUUUCUGGGCCCCCACAGAUUGUGCUGUGCAGGCGUUUUAUUUGUAUUAUCACGUUUGAUCCUCACAAAAAACGUGGAGAUGGGUACUGGUAUUUUCCCCAUUUUACACGUGAAGAAAUGACAGCACCCAGGUGCCCAGAGUUACCUGGCCAGGCAGCUGUUGGGGCAGACUCUGACUAGGGUCUUAACCACAAUGCUCUAUACCCACCGUAAGAGGGGUUGUGAGCUGCAAAUGUGAAGUUACUGAAAACGUACUAUGUGCCAAGUUCAGUUUUUAAUAUCAUCUUUAACUCGCGCAACACCUCUGGGAGGUAGGUCCUGCUUUUAUCCUUAUUUUACAGAUGUGGAAUACAGGAAUUUGACUUGCCCAAGGUCACACAACAAGUAAGGGGCAGAACGAGUGACUUUAAAGCUCACCUAAAAGUCCACUGUUCUCUGACACUUGAAGGUAGGUUAGCACUGGCCCUGCCUGAAGUGCUGGUGGCGUAUAGAGCAGUGAUCAGGGAACAGGCCACCUCUGCUCAUUUUACAUGUAUGGCACCUGCUAGAAGGAGAUGCUGAGAGUGUAGAAAUGGAUGAGAUUUGUUCCCUGCUUUCAGGGACCUCCCAGCUUAUAAGGGAUGGCAGAAGUGUAAGUAGUAAUUAACAGCAAAGUGUGAUGAGUCUCAUGAGAGUUAGAAGGAGGCUUUGGGAACCAAGAGGAGGACCCCAACUAGGGUUUGGAGAUGGUGGCCAGGACAGGCUUCCAGCAGGAAGCAGAGACCUAAAAGUAGCAUGGGAGUUGGCCAAGUCAGUAGAGAGAAGAUAUACCAGCCAGAGAGAACAGCAUGUGGAAAAGCUUAGAAGCUAGAUGUCUGGUAGGGCUGGAGUGAGGCAGGCAGGCUGGAGAGAUGGGGUCCAGUAAGAAUAUGUGGUGAAGAGACUGUCUCCAUCCCUUGUACUUCGAGUUGCUUAGGUUCCUUCCUGGGAGGCAGCCACUGUUUCUUUUGCGCCUAGAGAUAUUGUGGGCGCGUUUACAAGUAGGUCAUUUUGCACCUGUAAGAGUAUAUCUGGAGGAUAAAUACCUGGGAAUGAAACUGCUUCAGCGAAGGGUAUGUUAUGUUUGUAGUUUUGAUAGAAAGUGGCAAAUCGUCCACUGUAAAGAUUGUGCCAUUUUCCAUCCCCCCAGCUGUGUGUGGUCUGGGUGGGAGGUUUGAAGGCAUUGAUUUGAUACUCUUGGAGGAUGGGUGGAGUCACUGAUCAGGCAUACAAUGGGCAUGUUAGAUACUUUCCUUUUGAAGGAACUCAAAGGAAGGUGCCCUCAGACAGUAAGUGGUUUUCACAGUAUGGAGAGGCAGUGUAGCAAGAUGGCUAGGGGCACGGACUUUGCAGUAAUACAGACCUUCAUUUGAAUUCUGGCUCCGCUGCUUACUGGCUGGGGGAGCUUAGGUAAAUUCGUCAGCCUCUUUAUUUCCUCAUCUCUGAAUGGGAGUAAUAAUAGUGUCUUUUGCCUGUGUUCAGGAUUGCUGUGAAGAUUUAAUGAGUUAAUACACUUAAAAAACCCUUGGAACUGUUCCUGGCACAAGAUGCUGCUUUCUUAUUUUGUCGGGGCUUCUCAUCUCAUCUUCACCGUCUCUCUGUUUUGAAAACUGACUGCCUGGAUUUGCAUCUCAUCUCUGGCACUCCUUUGUGUGAUCUUGGACUGUGGGCUGUUUUAGCGCCAUGCAUCCUUUACAGCGUGUCCUCCGAGCACAGAGGUGUCUGAGGUGGGGGCCCUUGGCCUCUGUGUCCUGGCUGCUGCUCAGGACCUGCAGGGCGUGUUGCAAUCUCUCCAGCACCGCAUGUCCCAGUCCAGAGACACAGCAGGAGGAUGGAGUUCGAAAGGAUUUCAGCUCCAGGCUGGCUGCUGGACCAACUUUUCAGCAUUUUUUAAGAAGUGCUUCAGUUCCCCAAGAGAAGCUGUCUUCUCCAGACGUGGAGGACCCGCCCCCAUAUCUCACAGUGGAUGAGCUUUUAGGAAGGCAGAGAAAAGUCUACCUCGAGACCUAUGGCUGCCAGAUGAAUGUGAACGACACAGAGAUAGCCUGGUCCAUCCUACAGAAGAGUGGCUACCUGCGGACCAGUAACCUCCAAGAGGCUGAUGUGAUCCUCCUUGUCACAUGUUCUAUCAGGGAGAAGGCUGAACAGACAAUCUGGAAUCGUUUACGUCAUCUCAAAGCUCUGAAGACAAAACGGCUCCGCUCCCGGGUGCCUCUGAAGAUUGGGAUUCUAGGCUGCAUGGCUGAGAGACUGAAGGAGGAGAUCCUCAACAGGGAGAAAAUGGUGGAUAUUUUGGCUGGUCCAGAUGCCUAUCGGGACCUUCCUCGACUGCUGGCUGUUGCCGAGUCAGGCCAGCAAGCUGCCAAUGUGCUGCUCUCUCUGGAUGAGACCUAUGCCGAUGUUAUGCCAGUCCAGACGAGCCCCAGUGCUACUUCUGCCUUUGUGUCUAUCAUGCGAGGCUGUGACAACAUGUGCAGCUACUGCAUUGUUCCCUUCACACGUGGCCGGGAGAGGAGUCGGCCUGUUGCCUCCAUUCUAGAGGAAGUGAGGAAGCUUUCUGAGCAGGGGCUGAAAGAAGUGACACUCCUUGGUCAGAAUGUUAAUAGUUUUCGGGACAAUUCAGAAGUCCAGUUCAAUAAUGCGGUGUCCACCAACCUCAGUCGUGGCUUCUCCACCAACUAUAAAGCCAAGCAAGGGGGGCUUCGUUUUGCUCACCUUCUGGAUCAGGUCUCCAGAAUAGAUCCUGAAAUGAGGAUCCGUUUUACCUCUCCCCACCCGAAGGACUUUCCUGAUGAGGUGCUGCAGCUGAUUCAUGAGAGAGACAACAUCUGUAAACACAUCCACCUACCAGCCCAGAGUGGAAGCAGCCGUGUGUUGGAGGCCAUGCGGAGGGGAUAUUCACGAGAAGCUUAUGUGGAGUUAAUUCAUCAUAUCAGAGAGUCUAUUCCAGGUGUGAGCCUCAGCAGUGAUUUCAUUGCUGGCUUUUGUGGUGAGACGGAGGAAGAUCACCUCCAGACCGUGUCUUUGCUUCGGGAAGUUCAGUACAACAUGGGCUUCCUCUUUGCCUACAGCAUGAGACAGAAAACACGGGCAUAUCACAGGCUGAAGGACGAUGUUCCGGAGGAGGUAAAAUCAAGGCGUUUGGAGGAACUCAUCACUGUUUUCCGAAAAGAAGCAACAAAAGCCAAUAAGACCUCUGUGGGUUGUACCCAGCUGGUGCUGGUGGAGGGGCUCAGUAAACGCUCUGCCACUGACCUGUGCGGCCGGAAUGAUGGAAACCUUAAGGUGAUCUUCCCUGAUGUAGAGAUGGAGGAUGUCACUAACUCUGGGCUUGGGGUCAGAGCUCAGCCUGGGGACUAUGUGCUGGUGAAGAUCACCUCCGCCAGCUCUCAGACACUUAAAGGGCACGUUCUCUGCAAGACCACUCUGAAGGACUCCUCAGUGUGUUGCUGACCUGCGUGGAUGGCCUCGGAGUUGAUGUGAGAAGUCCCUCCCAACAGGAAGGGGGAUAUGACUGGUCACUAGUGAACGAGGUAGUGAAGCUUUGCAGAUAAGCUGCAAGUGGUGAAGCAACUUAGUGUCAAAUGGAAAAUGAAUCUCCUUGCUGCUAUGUGAACAGCUUUUACAGUCAUUAAAUUUACCUAAAAUGG